AUGGGGAAUGAGACUUGGAUGGAAAAGUUCCCAAUGACAGAGGUGAAUUAUCUGCCAGAGGGUGACUAUGACCAUUGUCCUGUGAUUAUUAGAUCUUACCCUAGUGUUAAUAAAAAGAAACCUUUCAGGUUCUUUAAUAUGUGGUGUCACUCACACAAGUUUUUAGAUAUCAUCAUAAGAGGGUUGGAGAAGGAAGUUGCAGGGACAAAGAUGUUUAGGGUGGUUAGCAAAUUGAAGCUACUGAAGCAUGAGCUUAAAAGGUUAAAUGCAGAGGAGUAUGGUGAUGUAAGAAGGUAUCAACUGGCUCAUAAGAAUCUGCUUUCUUUUUUGGGGCAAAAGGCUAAGGUGAGAUGGAUUGAGGAAGGAGAUGAUAACACAAGGCUGUUUCAAAAAAGUAUUCGAAUGAGAAGAACUCAAAAUAGGAUUAACACUAUCCAGAAUGAGAAGGGAGAGUGGAUGUCUAAUCCUGAUGAUGUGAAUGCAGCUUUCCUGCAAUUCUAUGAAUCUUUGUUGGGUAGUAGUGGUCAUACAAGGCCUAUUGAAGAGGCUCUCUUCUCCAUACCUGAUGAGAAGUCACAUGGUAUAGAUGGUUACACUAGUUUUUUUUUCAAGAAAGCCUGGGAGAUAGUGGGUAUGGAUGUGAUUGAUGCUAUUAAGGAUUUCUUCACACAUGGCAAGAUGUUAAAAGAGGUUAAUAUCACAGCUAUUACCUUAGUUCCUAAGGUAAAAUGCCCUGCAACAGUCAGUGAUUAUAGGCCUAUUGCUUGUUGCAAUAUCCUAUAUAAGACUAUUACAAAAUUGAUAUGUACAAGACUCAAUGCUGUACUACCUGAUCUGGUAUCCCCCAACCAGGAUGCUUUCAUUACAGGAAGAAGUAUUAUAAGCAACAUUCUCCUCUGUCAAGAUCUGGUGAAGAGGUUCAAUAGAAGAGAUGAUUUAAUGCUCUUCUAUAAUGGUGAUGUUAAAUCUGCCUAUUUGUUACUUCAAGGUUUACAACUCUUCUCAGAAUCUUCUGCGCUUCAAGCUAAUAAAUCAAAGUCUGCCUUGUAUUGCAAUGGGAUGACAGAGGGUGAUACAGACAGAAUUGCUCAGUUCUCAGGCUUUGUUAAGGACUCUCUCCCCUUCAAAUAUCUAGGGGUCUCCAUCUCCACAAGGAAGCUAAGGGCUGCAGAUUGUGAAGGCUUAGUGGAUAAGAUGACUGCCAGAAUCAGGACAUGGAGUACAAGGAACCUUUCCUUUGCUGGACGAGCUCACAUUUGUAGGAGCUAUCUUUGGAGUGGGAAAGCUACUGAUCUAAAGGGUGGGUAUAUCAAGUGGAGUCAGGUGUGUAGCCCUAAAAACAAGGAGGGUCUAGGUUUCAAUAACAGUCAAUUAUGGAACAAGGCUGUAGUGGGGAAGUUGGUUUGGCACAUUGGUAUCAAGAAGGAUGAUCUGUGGGUGCUGUGGGUUCAUAAUGUCUACAUAAAACAACAGAAUUGGUGGGAGUUUCAAGCUUCCUCCAAUGCUAGCUGGAUCAUCAAAUACAUGUGUAAAGUUAAAGAAGAGUUGAAAUCAGUGGGAAUUCAGACUUGGGAUACUUCAACCAGGUAUAAGAUUAAAGAAGUGUAUAAUUUGUUGUUGCCUGAUUCUCCUAAGGUCAACUGGGCAAAGGCUGUGUGGAAUAGGAUGUCCCUUCCAAAGCAUCGCUUCAUUCUAUGGUUAAGCACUCAGAAUAGAUUGAAGACAAAGGAGAAAUUGAUGCAUUAUGGCAUCCGCUCUGAUGAUAAAUGUUACAUUUGUGCUAGUCCUUGUACAAGUUGGAAGUUUGCGAAAGGUUAUGCUGACUUAAAGGCAGCCAAAGUAGUUGAACCAAAAAAAAAGGCAAUUGCUCGUAAGAUUGCAAGUCUUGAGGACACGCUUUUUCCGGUUCAUAGUGUCGCUAAUGGUCAGUCCUAUAAGGGUCAAGCUCCUAAGCGAGGACUGGGGAGCUAUGGACACCGUGGCACAAAACCUUGGACUUCAUGA